GCCUGUCCCAAUACUUUGAGGCAAAUGGUCGUAUCCGACUUCGGGACAUCAGACCCAUCAUUCAGCAGGGCUCCAGAAAUAAUUUUUGGACUUCGCUACUGUGAGGCUAUCGACAUCUGGUCACUGGCCGUUGUGGUAGUAAGGAUGGUGCUUGGAAUUUAUCCUUUUAUGAGAAGCACAGACUAUGAAUUACUGGAAUGCAUGAUUGGUGUCCGUGGACUACCACCACAAAAUAUUCUUGAUGCGGGAAAGACGACAACACAAUAUUUCAACAAGACAGAUUUGGGUCAAUGGAAUUUUAAGACACGUAGUGAAUACUCAAUUGAAUCAAACGACACAAAAAGUAAUAAGAUAUACUCCCUGGAAGAAAUGAUAAAGAUGUUUCCAGAGAGAGACCACGAGGUUGACAGAUUUUUCAAGCUGUUAAGAGCAAUGUUCAAGUGGGAUCAGAAAGCAAGAAUUACACCAAGUCGAAUCCUCCGGCACCCAUUCAUCUGCAACAGUUCCCAACUGCCCAACCAGUCCACCAUGAAGCACAGGCGCAAAAGACGUAUCGCUGCCUGUGCUGCUCAUGUGGCCGACAAACAUACUUGCAAAACAAGGAAUAUGCACUGCAUCAAACGUUUAUUCUCCUGGAUGAAGAACAAACUUCUGCUCUUACUUCUGGAAGCAAAGUCUCCCAUCAGAGAGAGUUUCAAUUCCCACGUCUGGAAGAACCUUCAUCAUGUCACGAAGGAGGAGCUGGACAUUGAGUGCGAGUGGACCAUGUUUCAAACCUCUAUUGUCGAGGUGGCCGAUCAAAGCUGUGGCUGCAAGGUGGUUGGUGUCUGUCGUGGUAGUAAUUCCAAAAUGUCGUCAGGCUGA